AUGGCGUCCUGUGGAGGCUGUUUGUGUGGUCAGUGCUGCUGCAAUGAAGGCGACACAAGUACACCAGAGGAGUUGACAAUACUGGGUGAAACCAGAGAAGAUGAGGAUGAAAUAUUGCCAAGAAAAGACUAUGAGAGUUUGGAUUAUGACCGAUGCAUCAAUGAGCCAUUUUUGGAGGUUUUGGAGGGGUUGGAUAAUAAGAAAGCCAGAAAGUAUGAAGCGAUAAAGUGGAUUUUGGUGUUUGCAAUCGGAGUAUCAACAGGACUGACUGGGCUGUUUGUUGAUUUCUUCGUGCGGCUCUUCACUCAGCUGAAGUUCAGCUUGGUUGGACGAUCUGUGGAGGAAUGCAGUGAGAACGGCUGUCUAGUUCUCUCUUUACUGGAGCUGCUGGCUCUCAAUGUGAUGUUCGUGUUCAUCUCCGGCGUUCUGGUGCUCGUUGAGCCGGUUGCAGCUGGGUCUGGUAUCCCAGAAAUCAAAAGUUACCUGAACGGAGUAAAGAUUCCCGGCAUCGUGCGGCUGCGGACCUUCAUAUGUAAGGUCACCGGAGUCCUGUUCGCUGUCGCUGGAGGACUGUUUGUGGGUAAAGAGGGACCAAUGAUUCACAGUGGAGCGAUAUUAGGAGCAGGGCUUCCUCAGUUUCAGAGCAUCACCUUCAAGAAGAUCCGCUUUCACUUUCCCUAUUUCCGCAGUGACCGGGACAAGAGGGAUUUUGUGUCGGCGGGUGCAGCGGCUGGAGUCGCGGCUGCCUUCGGGGCACCUAUAGGGGGCACCCUCUUCAGUCUGGAGGAGGGGUCGUCCUUCUGGAACCAGGCCCUCACAUGGAAAGUGUUGUUCUGCUCCAUGUCUGCCACUUUUACACUCAACUUCUUUCGUUCUGGGAUCAACUUUAGUAAAUGGGGAUCCUUCCAGCUGCCUGGCCUGCUCAACUUUGGAGAGUUUAAGUGUGUAGAUGGAGAUAAGACAUGUCACUUGUGGACGGCAAUAGAUUUGGCAUUUUUUGUGUUAAUGGGUGUGGCAGGAGGUUUGCUCGGCGCUCUUUUCAACUGCAUCAACAAACGCCUCGCAAAAUGCCGCAUGAGAAAUGUUCACCCCAAAGCAAGAUUCACCAGGGUGCUGGAGAGUCUGCUGGUGUGUAUGGUGACCACACUCGUGAUCUUCGUGGCCUCAGUGACUCUGGGGGAGUGUCGAGAUUUAGGAUCCACCAAUAACAACACAUCAACACAGGGGUCUGUAAACGAGGAGGUGAACUCAACCGUACGACGCUUCUUCUGCUAUAACAACACAUAUAAUGACAUGGCAACCCUGUUCUUCAACCCUCAAGAGGUGGCAAUCCACCAGCUCUUCCACCAGAACGCUACCUUCAGUCCCGUCACACUCUCGCUGUUCUUUGUGCUGUAUUUUCUUCUGAGCUGUUGGACGUAUGGUGUGUCUGUUCCCAGUGGUCUGUUCGUCCCAUCUCUUCUCUGCGGAGCUUCACUUGGGCGCCUAGUGGCCAAUGUCCUAAAAAUCAACUUUCACAUGCAAAUAUAUUCGGGGACCUUUGCCUUGAUUGGAGCAGCUGCCUUUCUAGGAGGAGUGGUCAGAAUGACCAUCAGCCUGACAGUCAUCUUAAUUGAAUCGACCAAUGAGAUCACAUACGGACUUCCCAUUAUGAUAACACUGAUGGUGGCCAAGUGGACAGGCGAUUUCUUUAAUAAGGGAAUAUAUGAUAUUCAUAUUCACCUGAAGGGAGUACCGCUGCUGGAAUGGGAAACAGAGGUCGAGAUGGACAAAUUAACAGCCAGUGACAUCAUGGAGCCCAACCUGACAUAUGUGUAUCCUCACACUCGUAUCCAGUCUCUGGUCAGCAUCCUGAGGACCACAGUCUAUCACGCAUUCCCCGUCGUCACCGAGAACAGAGACAAUGAGAAGGAGUUCAUGAAGGGCAAUAUCCUCAUAAGCAACAAUAUCAAAUUUAAGAAAAGCAGCGUGUUGACGCGUGCAGGGGAGCAGAGGAGGAGAUGUCAGUCCAUGAAAUCAUACCCGUCAAGUGAGCUGCGCAACGUGUGUGACGAGCAGACCGCUGUGGAGCCGGCCGAGGAAGGGCAGGACAUCCUUCAGCAGAUGCUGGAGAGGAGACAUGUGCCGUACCCAAACCUGUACCCGGACCAGUCUCCCAGCGAGGACUGGAGCAUGGAGGAGCGCUUCCGGCCGCUCACCUUUCACGGGCUCAUCCUGCGCUCACAGCUCGUCAACCUGCUGAUCCGCGGCGUCUGCUACGCUGAAAACCAGUCGAGUGCCUCGCAGCCACGGCUGUCUCAUUCAGAGAUGACCGAGGAUUACCCACGAUUCCCUGACAUCCAAGAUCUGGACCUGGCCCUUCUCAAUCCACGCAUGAUUGUGGACGUGACUCCUUAUAUGAACCCCUGUCCAUAUACAGUCUCUCCAAAUACACGCGUCUCCCAGGUUUUCAAUCUGUUCAGGACCAUGGGGCUUCGACACUUACCUGUAGUCAGUGCUGUGGGAGAGAUCGUGGGAAUAAUCACCAGACAUAAUCUUACCCAUGAGUUUUUAGUUGCUAAACUCAGACAGCAUUACAUCACAAUCUAAGACUCGUUCACGAUCAAGCACCUUGAGUAAUGGCUUCCUCGAGAUGAGAAGAGCUGAACGCUCCGGGACCUGAGACUAGAUCGCCUC